AUGCCACAUUCUUCUGGUUCUCUUUGGAAUCCUUCCUCCCCUCACUCCAUUGUUGAAGAUUCCGACAGUGAUGCAAAUGGAAGUAGUCAGUUCUCCCACAUGGGCACAUCUAAUGUUGACGAGAACGCUCAGAGCGAGUUUUCAUCGAGGAUAUCAGUUUCACGCCCUGAGAUGUCAUCGAUUCGGGAACCAAGCAUAUCUUCAGACAGGAAAUUUGUUGAGCAAGCAGACAAAACAAACAAGAUGGCUCCGCUGAAGAACGACUCUAGGUUUGUGCCUGGUUACAACAAUAUUCCAGGAUCUUCAGGACAUAAUCUGAUUGAUCCUAGAGUUGGUUCUCAUGGAUUUUAUUCAAAGAGUAACCAGCAGCGACAUACAGGUCAUAUUCAUGGUGGAUUCAGUAGUAGUGGGGUUUAUGAUCCGAAAAUGCUACCAAACCAGCCUCCUUUAUGUAACACUUUAAUGCAAUCUGGUUUUAGUAGGCCGUUCUAUGGAAUUCCUAUGUUGCCGAUUCCUCAGUCACUAAGUCCACACUCCAUUCCUCAACAGCUGCCGUUGAUCAUGCAGCUACAACGCCCAUCCAUACAGUAUAUAUCUCAGCCAUCAGAGCAAGGACUAUCAUUGCGAAACCAGUAUCAAUAUCCAUUGCAUCCGAUGCAGAUGAUGCAACAGACGCAGAUCCAGCCUUACUAUCAUGUGCAGCAACAGCCACAAGCUGUUAUAGGUCAGCAGGGAGCUGGGACUUCUCAGAGACAAGAAUCUGGAAUGCUAUUACAUGAUUACUUGCAGUCCCCAGAACCCCUUCAGGCUCUGCUCCUAAGUAACAGCGAGAAGAUGCGUGAGCUUCUGGAACAGAAUCAAAAGUUAAUGCAGAUGCUCCAGAAUUACACUGAUAUGGGGUUAUGGGAAAUUCCAAGGUUUUUCUCUAUCACAUCAAUCUCUUUAAGACUUUUCUAUGUUGUCUCUGAUGAUGAUGUCCCUGAAGAUCAAUUGUGCCAUAACGUGAAAGUGCGUUGGGGAUUCUCUGUGUUGCUAAGGAACUUGAUUGUCACUGCUUGUGUGAACUACUUGGAAGCUGUUCCAUGGGAGGAAGGUGAAGAGGAAGAGAUGCUGAGAGUUAUACCGAUGAUUGGUUCAGAAGCAACCGGUUGAUCAAUCUGUUGUUACCAUACAAGACAAUCAGUUAUUAGCUCCCAGUAUGCAAUGAAUAAAAAAUAAUUGAAGUGGAGAAAACAUAAGCAACAAGCACUUCAGACUUUCGGACUACUCAACCGUCGCAAUGCGCUUCACCGAACUAACCCAGUUUGUCAAAUCACGGAGUCUGUGCAUUAAAUUCCAGUGGAGAUGUUUAGGUUCGGAAGUUAUGAGCAACUCAUGGCAUUGGCGUAGACAAACACCGAGUUGCAAGGUCUGUGCCUGGGUGUACUGGUUUCGGAACUUGCUAAUCAUCUUCACCCCCUUUAAAAAAUCUACCAACGUUUUGUCCAAUUCAAUACACAGACAUCAUUGGUGAAGUUAGCCUUAUGAGAACAACUUUCAAUGACCAUACACGUAGAGCACUCGAGGAAUAAUGGCAGAGACAUAUGAAUUGACUGGCACAAUGAUACCAUUUAUGAUCCCCUACACAUCGCUGUGUACAGGAUUAUUUUCAUAACAACAAUAUGAUGGAGGACUACAACUUCUACGCACAGGAGAUAAAGGUUCGUAUGAAAAUGGUUAUAAGCCACAAUAAUGUUUAUGCAAAGGUGAAAAUAAAAAGAUCAGUCAAGUAUGCUUGGACAUGUUUGGAUGGGAACAAAGCACCACAAAAGCAAAUCAAUUCUGGAAGUGCAUUAAAAAAUUACACUACACGGGAUUAGAUUAACAAAGCUACCAUCACAGAGGCUUUUGAGGUUUGGUGUUACAGAUGACAAGUUGCCAAGAGCAGACUGGGUUUGCUAGGUGGAGAGGAAGAUGGAAAGUACAUGUCUUAAACUCUUUUGUUGAGGUAUGAAUCUA